AUGCUGGCUCGUUUUGUGCAUCUCGUUCCUUUUGUCGUGGCCUUGAUAUCGGCGGCACAUGCCCACGUCCUGCCUCACCAUGCCGUGCUGCACGCACGCCAUGCAGAGAGCGGUUCAUCGGGUGCGCGAGACCCGGCCGAUUACUUGCUCCCUGGCUUCCAGUUUGCCUCUGAGCUAGGCAGCUUUCUCGAUGGUGGCAGCUCUAGCAGCAGUCGCACCAGUGCUGAGGCAGCCACAUCGACUCCAUCAUUUAGGGCGACGUUCACCACGUCGUCACCGGCGUCCACAUCUACAUCGACAAUGUCCAGCUCGACUUCAUCAUCGAAUGGGGAUGGACAUGGCUUGGGAUCCCUUCUUGGUGGCUUGAUUGGCAGCAUCCCAGGCACAGAUCAUAUUUCUGAUCCAGACGUGUCCAGGUACGAGCAGGCAGAUCCUGAGCCACGGUGGGGUGCGAGCGCUGCCUUCUUGAACGGUCUGCAGGCAAUCGUUUUCAGUGGCGGUCAGAUGGGUGAAAAGGGCCACAUCACGAAUGAGACGCUCCUGCUGGACAUGAGCGGCCUCACGAAUCUCCAGAGCAUUCGCGCCGCCGUCAACGCGACGCCAUGGCUCAAGCACCACAACAACCACUCAGGUGCACCAGCUCCUUCAACGGCGUAUGCGGCGUCGCGUGUAUCGACGAGUGUGUGCGGUGCAACGGACGGUCACGCUGUGGACACGCUGUGGCUUGCUGGCGGUAAAACCGAAGACUGCUCGUCCCAAUCGAUGUUGUACACGUACAGCAUGGAACGCAAGAAUGACACUAUUGUCGGUGUUUGGCACGAUAUUAGCUCGAAUGGAACGAUGCCCCGUCGCCGUGCGCAUGCCCAGGCGGCUUUUACUGGCUUCAACUUCGCUGGCGGUGAUGACGUGUCGAUGAUUGUGCUUGGUGGCCAAGACUGGGACGAGGCUUGCCGCCGCAAUCACAAAGGUCAUACGAAGUAUGCGUUCUCGCUUGACCAGUGGAUCAUUGGCAAUGUCAUGGAUCAACAGUGCGAGAUGCCUCGUCAUACGAAGCGCGUCGGCAUCCAGACAUAUGCGUACAGGGACACGCUGGACACCGUGCCAGUGAUUGACUAUGCGGGCGUGUCGAUGCCGGCCAUCGAAAAUGCGCAGACGAAGCACACCGAGGAGCCGUUCUUGCUUCUUGGUGGCCGCUCGAAGGACCACAAGCUUGUCGAUCUGCACCGUCCAUGGGCGAUUGAUCUGGCCUCAGGUAAUUGGUCGCGUUGGGUAACCACGGGUGACAUCCCAUCUCCACGUGUGGGUCACUCGGCUGUCCAUGCCAUGGAUGGUAAGGUGUAUGUGUAUGGUGGAUACAAGAAAUAUGGCACAAAGCACAAUGCUGUCAGCAAGGUGCCGACCGAUGAAAUGUACGUUCUGGACGCGUCGACAACGCCAGCCGUGUGGUCGAAGGUCAAUUAUCAGGACCCCCCAGAAAAUGGCCCUCUUCCCUCGAAGCGUGCGUACCACUCAGCCGUCAUGGUCGACGAUGUGAUGGUCGUGGCCUUUGGUCAACAGCACAAGGGUACUGCGUACGGUCUUGAGAAGCGCGGUGGUACGAACCAGAACUCGUCGGAACCACUUGUCAUGUACAUGGAAACACGCAACAACAUCAUGGGCUUCCGAUGGACUGACAAGCUUUCAGCCAUUGUGUCUGCACGUCUCACGGAAAAUCUCCUCGGCGUUCAGACAAAGACGCAGAACGCCAAGUACUUGUCGACAUCGUCGGAUGAAAACCAGAAGACCAAAUCGAAGCCUUCGUCUAUGCCUCUCCCUGACAUGUCGCGCGUGCCUACGCCUAUUGAGCGGCACUCGAGCAUUGUGUCUGUGCAGAGCAAGAGCCAUGCCUCGGCGAUGAGCGCCUCAUCCGUAAGCAGUGUUUCGGCGAGCCGCGCAUCAGUGAGCCGCGCAUCGGUGAGUCGAGCGUCGGCAAGUCAAGCGUCAGUGAGCCGUGCGAAGGCCGAAGCCAGUCGCACUGCCGCUGCGAACAAGGGUUCAAAUCAGGCUCAAGGGCAUGGUCAACAACAAGGACAAGAACCAGCUCAGGGACAAGCGCCAGGACAGGCUCAGGGACAAGGCCAAGAUCAAGGUCAAGCCAAGAACGGUGGUGGCAACGGUGACAAGUCGUCAGACGGCAACUCGGACUCGUCUGAGCAGGCUGACAAGAACGGCGAUAACAAGAAGGAGAAUCAGUCGACUACCAGCUCCGGUGCCAUUGCGGGUGGUGUUCUUGGUGCAUGUGCGUUGGCCGUUGGUGCAGUUGUUGGUGGUCUAUACGCGUACCGAAAACGUCGUGAGUCGCAAAAGAUUGCCGAACUCCGCUCCAACGGUGUCCUGUAUAACGGCCGCGCCGGGGACCCAGAAUCCGCACCGCCCGUCUCUUCGCUAUGGCUCCAGCGUCCACUGAAGGAAGUCAUUCAACCUGGAGGUGGUCUUUGUGACUCCAACAUGUCGGCUGCAUCUAUGCAGGGUCACGUCGGUACACCACUCUCGGCUUCGUCAGCAGGCGGUCGCUCGAUUGGUUCAGAUGAGCGCCACGAAGUUCGCGGCCCUCGCUCGGCUUACGCGACCGGUGCGAUGCCCGACUACACUGGAGCUGGCGUUCCUGGCAGCACGUACUCGGCAAUGCCUCAAGAACACGGCAUCUUCGAUGAUUACGUGGCCGCAUAUGCACCCGAGGACCAGGCACCGUCGCAAGAACCGCACUACUCGUACCCGUACUUCGGAGGCGGCAUUCAGCGCUCAAGCGGUGGCGAAGUCACGACAAAUGUACCCGAUGAUCUCGAGUCUGUGUACACGAACACGGUGGAUGGAAAGACCAUGGUUCAUGGCGACGACAAUGAGGAAGGUUUGUCUGACCUUGGCAUGAAUGGCAUGCGGAGGUCAGCUUCAUUCCGGUUCCCUGAGGCACAGUCUCGUCCAUACACGCCACAUGACAACUCCAUGCUGCGUGUGAUGAACCACCCAUAA